CCAGACCUCGGUGAGCUUUUGGCAGGAGAGUCAGAGCAGAGCUCCAACCGCGCAAAGUCUCUAGUUGCAUGCAAAUAAACUAAGGAAACAAGGACAAUUUGGAGCUUUUACCUUUGAGUGACAUCGAUUCUUCUGUCUUCCGUUUUUCCUUAACAUCAAAAAGAAGUCCCUGGCAAAGCGCCUGCAGACAUGGGUCGUCAAGAGGCCGACUAUGUGUGGAAGAAGAACACUGAAAACAUCCAAGAGGUUUUUGACUUCAUGGAAGAGUUGGGAUCUGGGGCAUUCUCAGAGGUUUACAUGGUGAAGGAGAAGAAGACGGGAAAAACUUUUGCCAUGAAGUGUGUGAAAAAGAAACAGAAGAGGGAUCUGAAUCUGGAGAAUGAGAUCGCUGUGCUGCGAAGAAUUAAACACGAGAACGUUGUGGGGUUGGAGGAUUUCUACGAAAGUCGAACGCAUUACUAUCUUGUCAUGGAGCUGGUUUCAGGCGGUGAGCUAUUUGACCGUAUCCUGGAUCGGGGGGUGUACUCAGAGAAGGAUGCCAGCAGAGUGAUUCAGCAGGUGCUGCAGGCCGUCAGCUAUCUGCACCAAAACGGAAUAGUGCAUCGGGACUUGAAGCCCGAGAACAUCCUGUACUACAGCCAAGAGGAAAACUCCAAGAUCAUGAUCAGUGAUUUCGGCCUGUCAAAGAUGGUAGACAAUGGCAUCAUGUCGACAGCCUGUGGCACCCCAGGAUAUGUUGCUCCUGAAGUUUUGGCACAGAAGCCCUACAGCAACGCCGUUGACUGCUGGUCUAUCGGAGUCAUCACCUACAUCCUACUUUGCGGUUAUCCCCCUUUUUAUGAAGAAAGUGAGACACGUCUCUUCUCCAAGAUCAUGAAGGCACAGUAUGAGUUUGACUCACCAUUCUGGGACGACAUCUCUGAAUCCGCCAAGGAUUUUAUUCGUAACAUGAUGCAGAAGAAUCCCAAGAUGCGCUACACUACAGAGCUAGCGCUCAGGCAUCCAUGGAUUAUUGGGAAGACAGCUCGGAGCCAGGACAUCUACUAUUCCGUCAGCGUUCAGAUUCAAAAGAACUUUGCCAAGUCCAAGUGGAAGCAAGCCUACAAUGCUGCUGUUGCCAUCAACCACAUGAAGAAGCUGCAGCUGGCCCACUCAGAGCAGGUCCUGAGGCAGGCCAGCAUCCCAGACAUCAGGGUCAUCGACGUGUCCUCCCCAACGAAAAACCGGAAACAUCUUAAUGCAGACAAGGUUGAGCCCAAGGUGCCAGAGGUCAACGGGAGUGUGCAGGGGACACAUCACAUGUCCUUGCCCACAAGCCAUGUUGAACUAAAGAGCCACUGCCACCCACUGAAGACCAGUCAGAGCCAGUGCAGUGCACAACAUGCACCUACAAUAGCUGAACAGGGAAAGCAUGUGUACCACUCAGAGCCUGCCAACCUGAAUGGAUACGGUAAAAAAACCAAUAAUAGCAAGACCAUAACUGGUGUUUGCGCCAUCAUGUGAAAGCUGCACAGAGUUUACAUGGAAAAAAAACAUUUUACCUGGUCAGUGUUGCUGUUUUGACCCAGCAUACAGCUGGUUUGCGUCAGCAGCUCCCAGGUACUGAGAACGACAAGUGGUUGAUUCAAGCGGUGUGGGAGAUCCACAGUCUGUGUGGGGCAUUUUAUUUUGGAGAGAGUGCCUAGGAAGCUUCCCAAAAACCACACCAAAGUACACAAACCACAACGAAACUCACACGCUCAGAUGCACGAGUCUCAUUUUUAACCAGAACAUUUUUGACAGUAUUCAACAGAAUUGUGUGAUCUAGGAGGGAAAGCGAUGGAUGAGAUGGGCUCACCUCUAGCCGGGCUUUGCAUGAAUAUCCAUGUCGUUUAUGGUGACGAUGUUCCUGACAACUGGUUUUUGAUGGGGCAGAAGUCAGAUCAUCCGAACACUUUGUGUUCAUGAUUCCAUGUUUAAAAUAAUACACACAAUGCCGUCAGUGACAAUUAUUGUACUUGAUCAUGUGUAAAGCACUUUCUAUAGCCAGCCUGCAUUUGUAAGCACAAUAGAAUAUGUGAAAGAAAACCGCAUGCUUACUGCAUCCAAUAAGCCAUACUGAUGUAAUUUAAUAUGGUAAAGUUGUCUCAUAUUUUUGUUACUUUCUUUAAGUUAAUUGUUUCAUUAAUUUAUUUUUUUAAUUAUUUGCUUCUUUUUUAAAAAAAAUUAAAUAAAAUAGAGCAGAUCAAAUUCAAGUUUGAAAUAAAAAAAAUAUAUAACAAUGUAUAUUUAAACAAACCUAUCAUUAACAGUGUAAAUGCCACAAGUAUACUCAUUAAAUGCCAUAAACCUACUAGAACCUUUACAUUCAGGUAAAGUCUAUCGUUAAAAAUGUUUAUUCACUUAUUGUAAGCGGUUUACUUUGGGCAGUCUGCUGUUUGUCUCAGUAUGUGGCUUUGUAAUGAUGGAUUUAACAUAUAUUAAUGUUAUAUAUGUAUUAUGCUGGGAUCCCUGUAUACUCAAAAAUAAAGGAUCUGCAUUUGU